CCAGUCCUUUGAUUGGUCAGAGGGGUGCUGUGAGGAGUCUAAUCGUUAAACUUUUCAGAGACAGCCAGUCUGUGUUCUACGCCGUUCUGCUGCUUCAUCGAAAGCUUUUCACAACAUUCAACAUGCAAACGACACCAACGCACUAGUUUGCAAGGAAACGAUGGAGGACGUGGCCUCCACUCCGGUCCUCGCAGGCCCAUCCCAAGCUGCCUUUCCCCGUCCGGCCGCCUCGGGGCGCCGCAGCAGGAAGUCUGGCACCGCUAACAUUUUUCAGGGGGUGAACCUGAAGCAGCUCAGGCGGCUGUUCCAUGCAGCGGGGGACCCCGAGGCGGACCAGAGAGCCCGGAUGGUCUGGGGGAGCCGGAGAGCGGGGAGUGGAGAGGAUGGCGGGGACGGGGAGGAAGAAGAGGGGGGUGGAGAGAUGAAAGAGGUGGAGACGGGGCUGGCACAGGCGCUGGUGGGACUAAGGGUCCGAGCGCGGAACAGAAACGGAAUCAGGGAGUCUCAUAAGGACACUACGGGAUCAAGAUGGGUCCGAUCGUUCGGUCAUCUCAGAAUCAACGAGGGCUCGCUAGGAAAACCAUCAGAUGUCACAACUGGAGAUGACAGUGAUGAAAAGGAAGACGACUCUUCGUCUCUGGGAGCAUGUGGAGGGCAGAGCACUUCCGAGGAUGGAUCAUGUGACCAAGGUAACUUCCUGACCCCGGGGGAAGAGACCCAGGGGCCGACCGGGGGUCCCAGAUGGAGCUGGAAUGCCGUUCAAGAGAAGGACCCAGAACGCUACCUGCACCGAAUCCGACACUGAAACCGCUGACGGGAGCUGGGAUUAUCUCCAACUAAAUGGAUGGAAUCAGAUUACUCGCGCGCUGUUCUUGCAGAUUUACUUGACACUACAACCUCAAUGAAACGCUAGUCUUAAUCAUGCCAUGAACACUACAUACUUGAAGAGUAAUUUCACCAGCCGUGAGUUGUUGUGUAGUGUCGUAUAGUCCUUAAACUCUACAGGUUUGUGCCAUUCUCACACCCUUUGACCUCCAGCACAGUCCCACAAAGCACAAUAAUGAAACGCUAUUGAAGAAUUCAUCCAGAAAUGUAAGAAAGGAUUUACUUAUCAUUUUUUAAACCUGUAUGAUGUACAUUUGUGUAAAAUUUGUGUAAGACGUUUUCUAAAGCAAAAGCAACGGUAGUGAAUGGUGACUGGGGCUGUUGUGUUGCACCAUUGACUCAAAACACUAUUAGUUGUAGCACGUCUCAUAAGAAACACAAUAUGCUAAAUUAGAGAUGUACGAAUUUUAGCUUGACCCACUGAAGUCAUGAUACAUCAAUGAUACAGAUAUUUUUUGUAAUAGGAGCAAGAAAGCCCCCGUCGCUAUAUACUUUUUUUAUUUGUGCUCUUUGAGUAAACUCUUAAAUGAGGAUGAGUAAAUUAUUACAACUUUUCUCAUUCAUAAGGUGAACUACUCCUUAAACGAAAAAUAAUGACUCGAUUCCUAUCAAAACUUCCAGAGACACGGUCCCCGUUUUCUGUAGAUAUGAAUGUAUGGGGCCAGAGUGUUGGGCUUGAUUAUUUAAUGAUACGUGCUUGUAUUUUUCUGCCUUCCGGGUAUGUAUACUUACUAGAUUUGUAGAUCUUUAUAGUGUUGUUUUAUAUGCAGGUAGUUUGCAGUAAUUUGUAAAUUAUGCAUUAGAACUGAAACAUCACCAGUUGGUAGGUUGUAUAGCAGUAUGCAGAACUCUAAUCGUUAUUACCGAGUAUUUACGUCUUCAUAAGCAAUACAGACUCAUGUAGCUGACAUUUCUUAAACAGUCGGAGUUCAAAAAUGAAAACACUACAUGUGAAUGUCAUUUUUCUCAUCGUCAAAAGCUGGAACUUCCAAUUAAAAGGUUUUGAAAUCAA